CGGAACCCCGAGCUGAAUCUAUAUUCCAUUCUCACUCACGCAACAAUCAACACUUCUUCCUUAUUAUAAUUCCUUCCGACUUCCGAACCACUUUCGACCACACAUAUACAUUUCCAAGCCACAUUACAAACUUCAAAAUGGAUGACUGGGAUACCGCAACCAAGAUCGGCAGCCGCGCUCGUGGCCCUGGCAAUGCUCAGCGAGAGACCGUUGUCCGAGGAAAGGCUGCUCUCAACGCUGCCCAACGGGCUGGAGGUCUCACUACCGAGAAGAAGUACUCUUCCGCCAACGCCGGUUCCGCACCUGAGGGUCAGCGUAUGACCAAGGUUGACCGUUCCGACGACAUCAUCAAGCCCAACACCAUCGGCAAGACUGUUGGCGACGUCAUCGCAAAGACCCGACAGCAGAUUGAGCCCAAGAUGACCCAGAAGGACCUCGCUACCCGCUGCAACACCACCCAGGCUGUCGUCGCUGAAUUCGAGCGAGGUAGCGCUGCACCUGACCAAAAGGUGCUCGGUGCUAUGGAGCGCGUGCUCAAUGUCAAGCUCCGAGGCACUGACAUUGGUGCUCCCAAGUUCCCUAACAAGAAGAAAUGAUCAAUUCAUGCCUGUUUAGAGGGAAAGAUCUGUAACAAGGCUUCAGAGCCGAGUCGAGCGUUAGCGAAUGAUGAUAUCUUGGCUGGGAAAUACGGGAGUUUCGUGUGGGCCGUCACGAUGCGUUUAUGACAAUGGGUACAUGAGCUUCUACCGUUUUUUUAUGAUGGGGCUUCAGGAUUCACGGCGAUAGAAAGAAUGGACUCCUCAGAUUAUGGGUGUUCUGGUUUCUUAACUCAUGAGCGAGGCAAAUAAGCCGGCUCAACCGAAUAAAAUAUCCUCAUGCAUCAUGACCUUACGGCCUGUUCCGUUAUUCGCAUGGCCAUUUCCGUGCGCGCAUGAUAGGUUUUGCGACCUGUGGUCAUUUGCUCCAUACGAAUGAUAUCAUACAAAGUUGUCGUUAGAAGUUUGACUAAGUGGAGGUAAAGAUAUAUAGGUACUGUCAGAGCCACAAAUAAGAACCAACCCACGGAAUACGCUCGCAGUAACAGA